CCGCCCCGCACGGCCCGCGGGCGCCGCCAGGGCCGGCGCCAAACGGCCCGCGGGCGCCCCCCGGGCCGGCGCCGUGCGGCCCGAGCGUUCCCCCCGCUGCGACGCAGGCCUGGUUCGAGCCGCCCUCCCAGGGGCGGCUCAAGGCGCUGCGGCUCCUGGAGCAGCCGGCGGCUGACGCCCACGCUCAGGACUCUUCGACUCCGACGCCUUCAGCACGGCAGACAGCUUCUGCACGGGGACCUGUUUUCCAGACGCGCAGGACGGGGCCUGGACUGACUCGUCGCCGAUGUCACAGUGGAGUUCGGAAAGCUUCCCCCGCGCCACGACGCUGACGCUCUUGAACGUGCCGCUGCACUAUACGGAAGAUAUGCUGAAGUGGACGCUCGAGUCCAAGGGGUUGAUCGCCAGGUGCGACUUUAUCUACCUGACACGCGUGCAGGCGGUGGGGGACGCGCUGUCCUGGAACAUGGGGCACGCCUUGCUGAGCUUCCUGACCCCCGAGGACGCAGCUCUCGCGCGCACCCGCCUUGCUGGCCACGCGUGGGACAGCCGCGUAGGGCGCGACGGCAAACAGAUUGUGGCACAGGUCGAGGACGCCGUUCCUCAGGAUUACCAGGCUUGCGUAAACUACGUCAACAUGAUCACCUCUGAGCAGAUGAGCUUUGCCGGGCUGCUGGACUGGCUGGACGUUCCCGCGCUGAAUCCGGGAUCGAUGGCGUGGAGGGACUGUUGAUCGGUAGGUUGUUCGAGCGCGUCGUCCUGAGUCUUGGUGGGCCCACAGGCAAAUGCUGGAUGUUCGUAAUGAGCAUCUAGCUUGAAUCCCAGUUGGCCCACCGACACGUUUCGCUAAGCUCGGACAAUAAUUGUUUCCUAGCGGUGGCGGCGCCCGAAAUUCAUCCAGAGCGCGCUUGUGUCGACUACUCUUCUUUACACAGGUUAUAUGGUGAGUGCAUGGUCGCUCACGGCCUGCGAUCGUCGGACCCAUAUGUGGACUGGGCGGGGGA